AAGUGAAUCAAAAAGCUGUACAUUACAAACAAAGAAAAAGACUUUGUGCAGGAAAAGAGCUAGAGGGAGAGAGAGAGAGACGGGCUACCGGAUAAAUUGACUUGCAAGAAACAAGAACCUCACUUCGGCGUCGACGAUGAUAGCAUGCCUGGAGCGAUUCAUCCACGAGAACGACACCGAAUCUAGACAAGAUGAUGACUUGCCCAACAUAUGCCAGUCUCUAGACCUCCAAGGCAGCAUCGACUGCGUGGCUACCGGCUUAGCCGGUAAAGAUUUCGGCGGCACGUAUUCUUUUAAGCCCUUGGCUAUAAUCAGGCCAGCCGGAGCCGAUGACGUAGCCAGGGUGGUGAAAGCAGCGUACAGGUCACCUAGUAUGACGGUGGCAGCGAGGGGUAACGGCCACUCCAUCAACGGUCAAGCCAUGGCCGAUGGUGGAGUGGUGAUAGACAUGCGGUCCACCGCAGAAAACCAAUUCAAGAUUGUGAGAAUGAAUGGGGAAAUGUUCGUUGAUGUGUCCGGAGGGGCAUUAUGGGAAGACGUGCUAAUACGGUGCGUUUCCGGGUUCAAUCUUGCUCCCAGGUCGUGGACUGACUAUCUGGGUCUAACCGUAGGGGGGACGUUAUCUAACGCCGGCGUUAGUGGGCAAGCCUUCCGUUAUGGACCGCAAUCGUCAAACGUGAGUGAGUUAGAUGUGGUAACUGGAAAAGGCGACAUAUUGACUUGCUCCGAGAGAGAAAAUUCUGAACUCUUCUUCGGAGCCUUGGGUGGUAUUGGUCAGUUCGGUAUCAUAACCAGGGCUAGGGUGAAGUUGCAGCCAGCACCAGACAUGGUGAGAUGGAUAAGGGUAGUGUAUUCCGAGUUCGAAGAGUUCACCCGGGACGCAGAGUGGCUGGUGACUCUUCCAGAGGGCAAGUCGUUUGAUUACGUUGAAGGGUUCGUGUUCGUGAACAGUGAUGACCCCGUAAAUGGGUGGCCAUCAGUGCCGUUGGACCCGGACCAGGGGUUUGACCAGACGGCCAUCCCUCCAACCGCUGGCUCUGUUCUUUACUGCCUUGAAGUUGCUUUACACUACCAAAACAGUGACCACCCAUCAGCUGUUGAUACGGUUGUGAAGAGCUUGCUUGGACGGCUGGGAUUUAUCAACGAUUUGAAGUUCCAAAUGGACGUCACCUACGUGGAAUUUUUAUCGCGUGUGAAGCAAGUGGAGGAACACGCCAGAGCCAAUGGGACAUGGGACUCUCCUCACCCUUGGCUCAACAUGUUUAUAUCAAAGAGGGAUAUUGCCGAUUUCGAUCGUAUGGUGUUCAAGAGGCUAUUGAAGGAAGGCGUGGGUGGGCCCAUGCUGAUGUACCCACUGCUGCGAAGCAAGUGGGAUAAUCGUACGUCUGUGAUGAUACCAGCCGAAGGGGAAAUCUUCUACAUAGUGGCAUUGCUCAGAUUCACUCACUCAAAGGGCCCUUGUGUUGAAAAAUUGGUAUCUCAAAACCAAGAGAUUGUCCAACUAUGCUUUAACAAGGGUUUUGAUUUCAAAUUGUAUCUCCCUCACUACCACUCCCAAGAUGACUGGAAACGGCACUUUGGAAAUCAAUGGUCAAGAUUUGUGGACAGGAAGGCCAGUUUUGAUCCCAUGGCCAUCCUUGCACCUGGGCAAAAAAUUUUUAAGAGAAUCAUCUCCCACUCCUAGUACUUAAUCGAUGAAUGAAAUUGUAAUUUUCUUUUUCUUUUUUUUUUACUGUCUUGAAAUCUAUUUUGAAAUGAUGCUAGUUACAAUUGGUGGGGCGUGCACACACCUUUGCAAUUAGAUGACAAACAACAUAUUGAUGCAAUGUAAAGGAAUAUUUUGAAAAGAAUAAUAGAGCGAAGAAAUUGAUCUUUUCUGUUA